AUGGGCUCGCCAAUAGCACCAGUUGCGGCUAAUAUAUUUAUGGAAUACUACGAGGAGGAGGCGUUGAAGCAUGCACCUCUUAAACCCAGAUACUGGUGGAGAUACGUAGACGACGUGUUCGCUUUAGUUCCCAGACAAGCCGUCACUCAACUACUAAACCAUUUGAACGACGUACAUCCAAAAAUCCAUUUUACUACGGAGGAGGAAAAUGAAGGAACUCUCCCAUUUUUGGACGUACUAGUGAAGAGGGAACCUAGUGGUGAUCUAGUACAUACCGUGUAUAGAAAGCCUACACACACGGAUCGGUACUUGAGGGCGGACUCUCAUCACCAUCCAUCUCAGCUAUCUUCAGUGCCGCGCACGCUUAUAAGUCACGCAAUACGUUUAUGCGACACUCAAUUCCUGCAGGCUGAAUUGACGCACGUACGGCACGUAUUAGAGAGCAAUGGAUACAACUGGCGACAGAGUUACCGAAUAGCGAACACGACCAGCAAACCACGGCCUCAGGUUGCAGAGCGGGUCCCGGUCUAUUUACCAUGUAUGCGAGGGGUUACGGACAAAAUUGGACACCUGUUACGCCGUAGGUUCAGCAUCAGGACAAUUUUCCGCCCAAUGACACAGAUCAAACAACUUAUGCGAUCUCCAAAGGACCGGGAUCCCCUAGAUAGUCCUGGUGUCUACGAGAUCCCGUGCGACUGUGGUAAAAGUUACGUCGGCGAAACGGGGCGCAAUAUAAAGUCGAGACUCUCUGAGCAUAUCCGCAGUAUGCGUAAAUUAGACGGCAACACCUCGGCGGUUGCGGAUCACGCCCUUAACUCCGGAACCUCGCAUUAUAUUAGGUUCGACAAAGUUAAAGUGCUGGCCCGUGAGAGGAACUUCGUGUCUCGGAAGCUUCGGGAGGCUAUUGAAAUAGGUCGUCGACCUAAUUUCAACAGAGACAAGGGGUGGGCUCUGCCGCGUACAUGGGAACCCGUCUUAAUGAACGCGGCGCGACACAACAUCAACAGUGCUGAAGACGAUAUUGUGGAUAUAAUCAGUACAUUUUGUGCCCCCGGAAACUCUAAUAACAACACCAACACUGCUUUGGUAUCAACCUCGUCAACGACGCCGGCGCCCCCCGCGCCCCCCGCCCCCUCAAGACUCGCCCUAAGAGCGCAGGCGCGCAGUCACAUCUGCCGCGGUCGUGCAUCGGGCAUUCCAAAAGAAGGUGCUGCACUGUCUCCGGGAUUGCCGGAUCGCACAUGCACGCCGGGUCGUCUUUAA